AUGUUGGUUUUAACAUUUGUUUUGUUUUGCGGAAGUAUAUUUUUAAACUUUGAACCUACUUAUGCUGCCAAUUGUGCAUGUGCAACGCUUGAUGUACAUGUACGAUCAGGAGCAGGUACGAAAUAUCCUAUACUGGGUAGUUUAAGGAAAACUAAAUGUCUAACAUACAGAGGUAACAAGUUAUCAGCAGAUGGCUAUGAAUGGGCUCAUGUAACAUAUAACGGACAGGAUGGUUGGGCAGCUACAAAAUGGAUUGAAUUUAAAGCAUGCACAGUAACAAGCGGAUGUGUGUGUGCUACAACGAGUGUUCAUGUCAGAAGUGGAGCAGGAACAGGUCAUCAUCUUCUGGGAACUUUAUCACCAGGUUUCUGUCUUCCUUAUCGUGGAGAUAAAACAACUAGUGGUGGUUUGGAAUGGGCUCAUGUAGAUUAUGACCAUGCAAGCGGCUGGGCAGCUACUAAAUGGCUUACAUUUAAAGAUUCUUGUUCAACCGGCACAACAGGGAACAACCCAACCACGAAUAGGCCUUCGGUACAUUCAUCCCAACAACUACCUGGCUGUCCGCACAUUGUUCCUCGGGCACAAUGGGGAGCGAGGGCACCAAAACAUGCCGACAAACCAAUGCCAGCUGUACCACAGUUUGUGUAUGUCCACCAUAGUGCCUCUCCACCGUGCACACAUACAGCAGAUUGUGCCAGAUUAGUUCGCGGAGCUCAGAAUUACUACAUGGACGGUCAUGGUUGGUCUGAUCUUGGUUAUACGUUUAUGAUUGGUGAAGAUGGCAAUGUGUAUGAGGGUCAUGGAUGGGGAAGGAUUGGUGCUCACACAUUGAAUCAUAAUACAGAUGGAUUAGGAUUUUGUGUAAUCGGAGAUUUCACUAACAGAGUUCCGAAUGCUGCAGCCAUCAAUGCCUUAAAACAGUUGAUCGAUUGUGGUGUUAAAAAUGGAAUGAUUAGAUCAGAUUACAUUAUCAAAGGCCAUCGUGACGUUCGAGCUACUGCUUGUCCUGGUACAACGUUUUAUCAUCUUAUUAGAACAUGGCCCCAUUACAUGACCAAUGUACAUGUUAUUGGGAAAUAG